GAUAGUUGAGUCGUUGAGUCGGUAAUUGGUCGGUAACAGUUUCUUUUCUUUAUCGCACCUAUAUUUUUUUAAAUUUAUCCUCAUUAAUGGUAAUCAGUUCUCUCAAUUUUUUUUCUCUUUCGAUCAACGUCUGUACACCGGCUUUUUACUGACCCUGAAAUUUUGCAGAGGAAAUGGAUAAAUUCUUGGAAGAAGAGCCACUGAAUGGUGAAACCACCGUGAAAAAGGCUGGAAGAUCUGAAACCGUUGAUCUGACCGAUAACUCACUAGUUGUUGACAUAUCUGAUGCCCUUAGUGAAGCUGAUAAAAUAAAGUUUACUGUUCAUACCAAGACUACACUGCCAGACUUUGCAAAAACUGAAUUCACGGCAACUCGUCAGCAUGAGGAGUUUGUAUGGCUUCAUGAUCGAUUCGAGGAAAAUGAAGAAUAUGCCGGCUACAUAAUUCCACCAGCUCCACCUCGACCUGAUUUUGGCGCCUCCAGAGAAAAGCUCCACAAGCUUAGCGAAGGAGAAGGGACCAUGACCAAAGAGGAACAUGAAAAAAUGAAGCGGGAGCUUGAAGCCGAAUACCUGGCAACAUUCAAGAAAACAGUAGCAAUGCAUGAAGUAUUCUUAUGUCGUCUAGCUCAACAUCCAGUCUUCCGCAAUGAUCAUAACUUCAGGGUAUUCCUGGAAUACGAGGCUGAUCUAGCUGUCCGUAUGAAAAAUAAAUAUGAAAAGCUUGAGGAUUGGGUGAAGUCAAUAUCCAAAACAACUGAUGAAUUUCUUGCCUCAGCUACCGUAAAAGAUAUCUACGAAUUUUUUGACACAGAGAAAAACUUCUUAAUCACUUACCACUCACAUUUAAAAGAUGCUGUAGCCAAAGCUGAUAGAAUGACCAACAAACACAAAGAUGUAGCGGACUCCUACAUGAAAAUUACCUCUGCACUGGUAUGCCUAGCAACCACUGAGCACCGAGAUCUGGAUAAGUUCCUAAAUAAGCUUGCUGAAACAUUUGAAACUGCCAGGAAAGUCGAGCGGAUCGUAGCUUCAGAUGAAGAUCUGAAGUUGUCAGACACAUUACGCUAUUACAUGGGUGACUCAUUUGCUGCUAAGCGACUGCUCUACCGACGACUGAGGUGUCUAGCCAAUUAUGAAAAUGCCAACCGCAAUCUGGAGAAAGCUCGCGUGAAAAACAAAGAUGUUCAUGCUGCUCAAGAGGCGCAAAGGCAAGCUUGUGAGAAAUUUGAACUCAUGUCCGACAAAGGAAAAGAAGAGCUUCAAGAUUUCAAAGCAAGGAGAGUCAUCGCAUUCCGAAAGAAUUUGAUAGAAUUAGCUGAAUUAGAAAUCAAGCAUGCCAAAACCCAAGUGCAACUGUUCAAGAACACCUUAUCAUUUUUGAGAAAUGAACCAGCUCUCAAAGAAUCUGGCGACAACUAACUUUGCUCUUCAAGUCUAACUCAGCCAUCUUCUGUUGCGGACUAAAAGUUUCUGAAAAGUGCCUAACUGUAGUUAUUUAAAGUUGCAAUGUUUGCAUUUCGAACUAAACCAAUGCGCUUUGAGCCGGGCAAUCAUCAGUAUUUGAGCCCUCCAGUUUAUUCCAGAAACAAUCUGUCAGCCUUUUUUUAACCGUACUACAUUUAUGUCCUUAUUAUUUUGUAUACCUUUUAUUUUUAUCUUUACAUGCCGAAGGAAGCUUGGUAAUUUCAUUCCAAGACCUGAUAUGAGGAUUUAAGUGAGUGUAAAGGACCAAAAUUCCACCAUUACAUCUGAGUAUCAAUUUUGAGGAGUGGAAUGGUAAGGUAGUUUAAUCAAACAUUCUCAGCAGAUGAUAUUGAAUCUGCCUGAUGGAUAGUUUAUAAAUUGAUAGACCAAGCAAGAAAGUUAUGAAGCAAACAUAUGAAAAAUCACAUUUUCAAUUUUUUUUUUUCUUUGGAAAAUACUAGUGCUGGACAAAACUUCUUUCAAUCACUUAGAUAAGAAUGAGAUAGCCUUUCUUCCUUCACUCAUCCAUCUGAGUUAAGAUAAGGCAUCUUCUCCUAACUAAAACAUAGUAUGGCACAUCAGUGUUGCAUCAUCAAAACUUUCAAUCACUUAUCUUUGAUUAUUUUUAAUGAUGAAUAAAAAAACGUUUAACAUAUAAGAAAAAGCUAUGAUCGCCGCUAUGACUUCCCUUUGUUCUGUGGUUAUUUUUUCGUGCAAAUAUAUUAUAGUUAUGUUAUUGAGUAUUGUUUAUUGUUAGUAUUAUUUUCGUUAUGGGCUCAUUCAUCCUGAGUUCCAGUUUUGCGCCAAAAAAAUCUGAACUUGACUAAAUCUUCGAUUUCAUGGAGCAGAAGUUUUCUCAGGUUUACUUUUUUUCUUCUAUAAGUUGGACCAAAAUAAGAGACUACACCCUCUCUAAAAAUUCAUCAUGGUACAUUCAUGCUCUCAUUUCUAGUAUGAAUGAUCAGUCAAAGAAAGGAGCCAUCUCUGCUGCCAGGCUCUCAAGACUUGAAAAACAUUGUACAUUAAAGUGAGGUUAAAACUGCAUGUUUCUACUCAUCUAAAGAAAAAGAAUUUUGAAAAGUUCAAUAUUUUCUUCGUCUAAUUUUUUCAUCUUGAAGUUCCAUAUGAGCCCAGUUACCACUGACUGGUAGUAUUCCAAUUGAUCUGGCUCCUUCCUUGAGUCCUGCUACCUUACAAUGUAUUAUUACUGUAUACACGUAUCGUUAAUUUGUAAAUGUGUAUCUAUCUGUAUUCUUGUACGUAUGUAGGUAAGGCUAUACUUACUUUAUUGUUGCAUUUAAAUUUGCCUAUUUAUAUUUUAUUACUUCCAUUUAAAUAAAUGAUUCUUGAAGUGUUA